UAGGUUUCCCUUCAUCUCCGUCAUCCCUCUGCGUGCUCAGCGACGCAGCUCUGAGAUGCCAAUCGUCCAAGGGAACUCUGUAACGUUUCCUCUACCGUAAAAUCAUCUCUUUACACCUCAUUUUGAUUGAUUACUCCACUCCGCCCACUAGGAGCAAUCAAUACACCUUCUCGUCUUCCAAACCAACUGUUUGAAGCCCUCGCUAUAAAUAUGGGUACUUCUCCGACGAACAGCAGACCUCACACGAUAUCAGAAAAAAAAUUCAUUCGCAGCAAUCAAUUCCAUGGCUUCAUACACUCUUUUAGCUGAUCUCAGAGCCGGCCGAUGCUCUAAUACCGCGGAGGUGCGUCUGCUGCGUUUUUGGGAGUCUAGGAACAUAAACAAAGGUGGAGAACUCCUCAGUCUUGACCUGUUGCUCAUCGAUGAAAACUCUACGGUGGUGCACAGAUCUGUUCCUCCUCGUCACCAACUUAAGUUCAGGAAACGCCUCACCGAGGGAUCUCUCUACACUCUAAGCGGCUUCGAUGUGACUCACAGCAACCCUAAAUUCCCGUUGUCUGAUGCGCCCGUCACUAUCUGUUUCCCCGAAGGAACUGCUUUCGAGAAGAUACCAACCACCGUUAGGAACAUACCUACAGAACAUUUCCGAUUCCGACCAUAUGAAGAGCUACUUGCUCUAGCCAAUACCGGAAGACAACUCCCUGACGUGAUGGGUGAGCUCCGUGCCAUCAGAAGCACUGUAACCGACAGUCUGCCUGGCGCUCAGCCCGUCAUGCUUACUCUGUGUCUGGAGAGGUUGACUGUGUGGAACGGAGCAGAUAACUAUAAAGACCAUCGGGAAAGGGUAUUUUGAAUUUGGUUAAUGUGUGAGAGUUUUAUAAAGAUAUUCUAGUUUUAUAAAGA